AUGUCGGUCCUAAUGUUUAGAGUCCGACGUUAUCGGGUCCUGUUGCUCUUCUCUGCAUUCGCCAUCGCACUCUGGUACCACUUCUCGCCUACUGAUGGUUCGUACUCUGCCAGCGAUGAAUGGUUACAGCCGACACACGAUCGAGGAACAACAAAGGAGCAGAUUAAGUCAGAAUGGUCGGCUCCCGAGCCAGACGAUGCUAUGCCUCCAGCAAAGGGAAAUCCUCAUGGUAUGAAACCAGAGGAUACCUUAGAAGUCACGCCGACACCUUUAUCGCUGCUGCGACCCGGGCAAUUUGUCCAACCAAGUCUUGCUUCUGAGCUUGCUGCUUUGGAGACAGAUACCGAAUCUGAGCCGGGGACGGAGACGGAAACAGAAACGGAAACAGAGCCAUUCAUACCGGUUAGACAGCCCCCAAGCCACGACCAUGUAUCACGGCCUCCACAUUUCGAUGACGUCCUUAGCGGUAAAUUUAAUACCGAGGACGAACUGAAGAAAGACAAUGCUGCACAUUGGACCAAACUACCAGAGCAUUUCCCCAUUCCGCCGGAAUCUAUCAUCCCAUUGCCUACAGGCAACCCUGUAAACCUACCUAAGAUCCAGUUCAACUUUCAACACGGUUCUGAGAGCAACCAGCAACGAAAUGAACGACUCAUGCGUCAGGGCGCCGUAAAAGAUGCAUUUAAACAUGCCUGGGAGGGGUAUAGGAAAUUUGCCUGGGGCCACGAUGAAGUUACACCGGUCUCCGGGGGAUCCAAAGACCCAUUUGCCGGCUGGGCUGCUACUCUGGUUGAUGCUCUUGAUACGAUGGCGAUUAUGGGACUUCACGCGGAAUUCGAACAUGCGCUUACAGGGGUCGCUAAAAUCGACUUUACGACAACAAGCAGAAACGACAUUCCGAUGUUUGAAACCACGAUUCGAUACCUUGGGGGGCUCAUUGGAGCCUAUGAUGUUACUGGCCAUAAGCAUAAGAUUUUACUUGACAAGGCAAUUGAAUUAGCUGAAAUUUUAUACAAUGCAUUUGAUACACCGAAUCGAAUGCCCGUCCUCUACUUCGAAUGGCAUCCGGAAUCAGUCAAAAAGAAGCACCGUGCAGGACGAACUUCCUGUAUGGCGGAGAUCGGUUCCAUGUCCGUGGAAUUCACGCGAUUAGCACAGAUCACCGGGGAGAAUAAGUAUUAUGACGCCAUACAGAGAAUUACAGACGAGUUUGAGAAGUUUUUGCCGAAUACCACGUUGCCUGGCUUCUGGCCCACCGUAUUGGAUGCAAGCGGUUGUGAGUGGGUUGAAGAGGUUUAUACAGUUACUACGACCAUUUAUCCUUCCCCGACACCUAAGCCGAAUCUAAAUGAAGAUACUCCACCGGCUUUACCGACCAAAAAGCCGUUUGCUGUUACUAAGGAGAGACUUGAAAAGACAGAGGUGAAGACUGUACGCAAGCCGACUCCCCCAAGGGUUAGUGAGGAGGAUGGCGAACUUGAUGAGGAGAAGAAGCCAAGUUUGACACAGCCCAGAGAGGCAGCAAAGAGGAGUCCAGAUAGUUCUGAUUUUAGAAGGAGGAAGAGGGCUAUUGAUGAUGAUGACGAUGAAACCGAGGGCCCUAAUUCCGGCGAAGAACCUAGCCGUACUUCUAAAGUCUCCAAUAAGGAAAAAAAGAUGUCAGAACUCCAGAACGGGCUAGCAGAGAUGGAAGAGAAGGCUAGCGAAUCUGAUAAGAAACAGGAUGUCAUUGCUGUUUCUCACAAAAAUCCGAACGCACCAACAGUAGACGAUGAAGACGAACCAACCACUCCAUCUAAACCCAGCUUAAAGCCCAAACCAACUCCAACUGGGCCAGUCGUUAAAAAGCAGGUUUUGACUAGGGAAAGGUGCGUGCCAUCUGGGUUCAGAAUGAACGAGGGAGAAAACCACUAUUCGUAUGGUGGAAUGGCGGAUUCUACUUAUGAAUAUCUUUUGAAGGAGCACCUUCUCCUUGGUGGACUGAAAGAGCAGUACGGCAAUCUUUAUCUUUCGACAUACGAAACCGGUCGGGAUAACUUGUUCUUCAGGCCGAUGACACCGAAGAAUAGCGAUAUCUUAGUGUCUGGACAAAUGAAAGUUAGCUACGAUUGGGAUCGACAUCGAACUGUCUCUCAACUGGAGUCUUCCGGAAGCCAUUUGACAUGCUUCGUUGGUGGUAUGGUUGGUAUGGGAUCGAAAAUCUUCAACCGGCCUGAGGAUCUUCAGGCAGCUAUCAAGCUCACGGAGGGAUGCGUCUGGAAUUAUUUUUCUACCGCUACUGGGAUUAUGCCGGAGGGUUUCAUUAUGACGAUGUGCCCGAAGGGAGGUGAUUGCAAGUGGGAUGAAGACCACUGGCGCGCUUCAAUUAUUGCACCAAACGGCGAGGUUAUGGACUCCGCCGAACAGCAGCAUAACAUUACCCUUGUAAAUCCAUAUGCCGGGAAAGGUAGGAGCCCGAUAUAUAGACGACAAGUAGGUUAUGACGGCAACAAGGAUCUUCCUCCACCUGCGCUUCCAAAUACGCAUGCAGAUAUAGAGAAGUACAUGCGGACUGGGGAGAAGCCUACUGCCACACGAGAAACCGACGGUGCAGAAGCUCCCCAGCGUGAGAUUCCACGGAAGGACCCCUAUGAGCGAUGGGUUGAUAGUGUUAAUGACCACAUCAAAUGGACGAAACUGCCGGAAGGUUACGUUCAAGUUAAUGAUCCCAAAUAUAUCCUACGCCCAGAGGCCAUUGAGUCCGUUUUCUAUAUGUACCGCAUUACAGGCGAUAGGAGCUGGCAGGAUAAGGGAUGGAAAAUGUUCCAGGCGAUUGAGAAGUACACGAAGACACUCAUUGCGCACUCUGCCAUCAAUAACGUUCUGGAUACCCAGGCAUUCCAAGUUGAUUCCAUGGAAUCUUUUUGGCUGGCAGAGACUUUGAAAUACUUUUAUCUGUUAUUCAGCGAGCCUGACGUUAUUUCUCUAGAUGACUAUGUUCUGAACACCGAAGCCCACCCAUUGAAACGGCCAAAGCAUAAGGCAGCAUAA